AUGCUGCCAGAUUUCAUAUACAGGACCUGUCCUGGUUACAGCCUUCAUGAGAAUGUGAGGAUCGAGCCUUGGCCUCGUGUGCCUCUGUGGGUCGGCAGCAUGGAGGAUCUUCCGGUGGUGACCGGCGGAGCUUGGAGUCGGGGAGAUGAUGCCUUGCACAGCCUGAAGGGGCUCCAAGGCUCCAGUGGAGAGGACCAGGGAGACUCCUGUGAGUUGCCAGACCUGAAGACAGUGUCCAUGGCUUCCAGCAGGGUGCAAACCUCUGCAUUCAGCCAAGGCUUCCUGUUCGCAGCUUCUCUGAAGACCUGCCAGACCGUGCAUGCAAAAAAGUAUUUCAGUAUGGAGUCACUGUUCUUCACCCAAGAUUUAACUUUCCUUUGUAUCUGUCUGGAGCGUCUCAGCGGGGAAGUUAAAAUGAGGUGUCUGUCAUUUCUGAAGACGUUUCGGAAAGAGAUAUUUCUGGGUCUCCUGGUCAUCUGUACCGUCAGAUUUUUGCUGCACAAUUUGAACUACUGUAACUGGACCAUGGAAGCCUUCCAUCUUAGAUGCCCGACCGGUCGCUCUAUGAAGCCUAAGCACACCAACAUUGUCUUCCUCAAGACCCACAAAACAGCCAGCAGCACAUUGCAGAAUAUACUGUUUAGAUUUACUGAGAACAACAACCUGAAAAUGGCAAUGCCUAAACCAAGAUGUAUUGUUCAGUUUUGUUACCCACAAUUCUUCUCCUCUAAGUUUGUUCAACCGGAAACACUGCCAGCAAAUAUGAUCACGAGCCACAUGCGCUUCAAUAAGACUGCACUGCAACGCCUGAUGCCAAAUGAUACAAUAUACAUCACGAUCUUGAGAGAGCCAGCUUCCAUGUUUGAAUCUUUGUUCACUUACUACACCUGUCACAGUAAAAGCCUCAGGAGGGCCCCAAAUUACUCUCUGGAGGCCUUCUUAGCAGACCCCUUACAAUAUUACCGGCCAAACGAGACAGAUUCUAUGUAUGCACGCAACACCUUGACCUUUGACUUGGGUGGAAACAACAGUCGGCCAGAUAUGACUUAUGCUCAGGCCUUUGUGACAGAGGUGGAAAAAGUUUUCUCCUUGGUGAUGAUUUCUGAGUAUUUUGAUGAAUCUUUAGUUCUUCUUCGUCAUCUCCUUUCUUGGGAUUUGGAUGAUAUUGUAUAUGUCAAGCUCAACAUGCGAACAGAAAGUUCCAAAAAAAUUCUGCCACCAAGUCUCUCUGCAAAGAUUCGUACCUGGAAUUCAAUAGAUGCAUACCUUUAUGACUACUUUAAUGCCUCAUUAUGGGUCAAACUAUCAGCUCUAGGUCUAGACUGUGUGGCGAAGGAGGUGUAUCUUCUUCGACUGGCCCAAGAGAGACUAAUGAAAAGAUGUUUUGGGGAGAAAACACCAGUUCCUCUGUCAGGUUCUGCGAUCAAAAACAAGGAUCUUCGCCCCUGGCAGCCCAGUAAAAAUGUUAAAAUAGCAAAUUACAAUCUCCCAUCAAAAAUCAGUAAUGAGACAAAGAGGAUCUGCCUCAAGUACAUCACUCCAGAGAUCACGUACGCUCGAAAGCUUCUCAAUUCCCAGUUAGAGCAGCAUGGUAACAGCUCACAGCUUUGGACUUUAAAGGAGUCAGACAAACCUCGACGUUUAUGCACCAACCUGCCUCGUCACUGUCAGGUUCAUUGCAGACAACCACCACCCUCUAAUGCUUCAAGUCCAGUAUCUACAACAGAGUCCAAGUUUACUCCAAACCUAAUGCGCCGGUAUACCAAAGUCAAGACCUAA